AACACAAAAAUAAAUGAUUCUAAUCGUCUGAUUAAUUCAGAGAGGAUUUCAAGGAGGAUUCGAUAAUUCAAAUACACCCUAACCAAAAAUCUAACUUUUCAUUCGAAUUUUUCAGUUCAACCCAUAUAACCUAUUUUAUGGUUGUAGUGCCUGAACUCAAAAAAUCGUAUGAAAAGUGGGAUAUUGAACUCAGAAAAUCAUGAUUUUUGCACAAUUCGUAUAAAGUCGAACCGUCAUGGAACCUCUAACCAGCAUUCCUCUUCCAACGUACUGCGAACACUACGAGCCCCUUUUGGUAGAAGAGAUCGCCCUGGCCCGCCAUCCCUGCACCGUGCAUUACGGCAAAUGCGCUCUCAUUGGGUAUCUUCGCCCAAAUGUUCUAGAGUCGCUGGCGAUUCCCAGUUUGCCAGAGGAUCUUCAACUUCCGGACGGAGCCACCCAGGUCGCGCUGAGCUGCGGCAACUAUUACGGAUCCAUUCCUUGCAACUGCACGGUGCGCAUCUUCGGGAGUGUUCAGCUUAAGGGACCGCCGGAAUCGCCGCUGACUAGUUCUAGAGAUCUGGUUGCUUAUGUGAAGGAAAUGAGAGCUGAUUUGGUUGAAAAGGGGAAAAAUGAGGUGGAAAUUGAGCGAUCUUUGCAAACGAUUGUUGAGGCGAUAGCAAGGGAAUAUAGUCCGUUUGUGGACGUUCAGGGAUGUGAGAAGAUUGAGCGCGCGAAGGAGUUGAUUGGUUGCAAUUUGAGGCUGAAAAGGAUCAAUAAAAAGUUGGGACCACGGUUGGACGCGAUGGCUAGGGAAAUGUUCGAUGGUUGAGUGAGGAAAACGUUUUGUAAUUGUAGUAAGUUUUAUUUUAAGUGUAAAAAUAGAGUGAAAUGUGUAACUAAAAUAAGAAAGUUUAAAUA